UGUGGCUGUUCAAGCAGCUGAAUCUCCACUUGGAGCAGGAGGGGAGGUUUCAGCCCCGAGAGAAGGGGCUCAGCCUCAUCGAGAGCGCCGCUGAGGAUGAAAAGUCUCUGUGUCCGAGACAAAGGAACGCCAAGGUGGAAGAUCUCUGGAGCCUGACCAACUUUUUCGGUUUUGCGACUGAAACGUUUGUUUUGGCUGUCAACAUUCUGGACAGAUUCCUGGCUCUCAUGAAGGUGAAACCGAAGCAUUUGUCUUGCAUUGGGGUUUGUUGUUUCCAACUGGCUGCCCGAGUCGUCGAGGAAGAAUGCAAUAUCCCAUCUGCUCACGAGAUCAUCUGGAUCAGCCAAUGUAAAUGCACUGUGUCCGACCUGAAACGGAUGGAAAAGAUAAUUUCAGAAAAGUUGCACUUUGAAUUUAAAGCUACUACUGCCUUAACCUUCUUGCACUUGUACCAUACUAUUGUACUCUGUCAUACCUCAGAAAGGAAAGAAGUAUUGAAUCUCGACAAAUUGGAAGCACAGUUAAAAGCUUGCAACUGCCGUCUAGUCUUUUCUAAAGCAAAACCAUCUGUCUUGGCCUUGUGCCUUCUCACUCUGGAAGUUGAGACUCUGAAAUCUGUUGAGCUGUUUGAGAUCCUUCUGCGCGUUCAAAAGCACUCGAAGAUAAGCGAUAAUGACUUGCUUUACUGGAGGGAACUGGUUUCCAAAUGCCUGGCAGAUUAUUCUUCUCCUGAAUGUUGCAAGCCCGAUCAUAAGAAGUUGGUUUGGAUUGUUUCGAGACGUACAGCCCAGAAUCUUCAGAACAGUUACUACAGUGUUCCCGAGUUGCCAACGAUACCGGAGGGUGGAUGUUUCAAUGAGAGCGAGAGUGAAGACUCCUGUGAAGACAUGAGCAGUGGAGAAGAAAGCCUUAGCAGUUCCCCGAGCGAUCUGGAAGGCACCUUCUUCUUUGAACUGAAACCUAAAACCAAGUGGCAAACUCUUAACUGUCGGUCGUAGCAUGAAGUCUUGGUUGUAUUCGGUGGAGUUUUUCAAUGCACCAUAGAGUCUUUUGGCAAUAAUAAAUGAGGAGGUGGUAUUCUGUGAACUGUAUUAAGGCAAGAGUUGCUGUGGUAUAUCAAUGCUUUGAAUGCCUGCCUUGUUGUUUUUGUUGUUACAACAUUAGAGAAGAACAACAUAAUCUUUCAGGUCCCCAGUUCAGCAAAAAAA